AUGAAGAAAGCAGCGGCCGGUGAAGGAAGAGUUUUCAACGCGCCCAGUGGUGUCAGGCAGAGGAAGAAAAGGCCGGCCAAUGUUGAUUUCUGCGACACUGUUCCUUCUGAUCCUACGCUAUUGGAAAUGGUUCCGGUCACGGAAAUCCUACCCCCCUGGACCUUUUCGGCUACCUAUUGUUGGAGGAAUGUGGCGUUUGGGGGUCAUGCUUUCUAAAGAUACUUUCAUUAAGCUGGCAAGACAAUAUGGAAACGUGUACACUAUAUGGAUCGGACCUGUACCUGCUGUUAUAUUUUCUGGAUUUGAAGCAGUGAAGGAAGGACUCGUAACCUAUUCGGAAUACUUUGUGGAUCGGCCAAUGACGCCUCUCCUGAAAGUUGUAACGGCGGAAAAGGGUAUUGUCUUCUCCAGCGGUCACACCUGGAAGCAGCAGAGGAAGUUUGGGCAGGUGACCAUGCGGAAGCUCGGCCUGGGGAAGAAAGAGCAACAGAUUGCCGAGGAAGCCCAGCAGCUCGUCGAGAUGCUGGCACAAGCAAACGGGCAGCCGAUGGACCCUUCGCUGCCGAUCAAAAAUUCCAUUGCCAAUGUGAUGUGUGCUGUUGCUUUUGGACACCGAUUUUCUGUGGACGAUGAAGAAUUCAUCAAGUUGAUAAAUGCUGUUUCAUACACCAUGGGUUUUUCAGCUAGCUUCUUUCAUGGCCUGUAUGAAAUUCUCCCUUGGCUUAUGAAACACCUUCCGGGGCCUCACCAGACAGCGCUGAGCUGCACAAAAACUGUGCUUUCCUUUGCAAGGAAGGAGAUAGAAAUUCACAAAGAACAGCAGGCGAUGCACGAGCCACAAGAUUACAUUGAUCACUAUCUGUUUCAGAUAGAGAAGCCUUGGGCCCCAGCCUGCAACCGGCGGACGGCCUCCCGGCAAAGCGGGAGGCCGCAGGAGGACGGGAGGCCCAUCGCUGCGCCGACGGGUCCAACGGGCGCCCUGCUCUCCUCUUGGCUGGCGGGGAGGGCGGAGGCCCCACUGGCGGGGAAUGACGCGUCGACCCACCGACAGAGCAACGGAGCGUCGAGGAGCCCUGCCACUGCGGCUGCGAGAGAAAGGCCGCGCCAGGCGAGCGGGGCCAGCUGA